GGAUGUACCAAAAUGGCCUGUCAUCCUUCAAGUCGAGAUUGUGAAGUUGAUGGAAAGGUGUACUACAAUGGUGAAAGAUAUAAAGAUGACUGUAAUAUUUGUACAUGCGUUGAUGGUAAUUCUGUCUGCACAGAAAAAGAAUGUCAGCCCAAACAAUGUGUUGAAAAUGGCAUCAUCUAUGAAGAUGGAGAACAGUUCAAGAUAGACUGCAAUACCUGUACUUGUAGUAAUGGCAUUUCUCUGUGUACAUUAAUUGCAUGCUCUGUUCAAGGUUCAUGUCUUCAAGGCAGCGAUUGUACUGAUUUGGACUCUAAUAGUGUUGUGUUAGAUGGAAUCACUGUGUGUUGUUGGGAAUCUGAUGAACAACUGGUAAUCAACAGUUUAUCGAAUAGAUACAGUUGUACUUGUAAUAAUGACGAUUAUGAUAGCAAUUAUGAUGACAGUUAUUCUUAUGAGGACUAAAGAGGAACAAUUUUCUACAACAAUGGGCCAGUGUUUCGAUUGGAGUCUGUAACAACAAGAAUUAAGUCAGCAUGUAAUAAUGUGAAUAAUCAUUUCAUUUCAAUGCCCAUUUCGAAAAUAAAGUUGUUUCCAUCUGUGAAUUUCAUCAUUUCGAAUAUAAUAUUUCACAUUAAUUUUUCAUGCGCUCUUCAUAGAGGAGGUUUAUAAAUUUUGACAUUGUCACUCAUGUCACAACAUAUUUUAAUAAAGUUUGACAUUACUUUGACAAUCAUUUAAACAUGUUGAAAAAAUUUUAGUUAUUUCAAAUGAUCAAAACAUCUAAUUAUAUUCCAGAAAGUAACAUCUUAAUUUUG